GUUUUAAUCUAGCCACUUCAUAAAUACCAUUAGUACUCCAAAAGAUCCUCAGCUCUUCCUCAGUAACAUGUUGAGUACCAUCCAACUUGAAGAGCCCAUCAUCUGGCACUAUGUCAUCAAUUGUUUAAUAUUUUCUAUCUGUGUGGUUUUCUUGGUAAAAAUACAGGAGUGGUUUACCAUUGCCUUCUCCCACACAGUAUGAAUUGAUGCCUUCUCCGUUGUCACUAAAGUAAUCAUCUGCCUCCAGUAUCUUUCUAUAUCGCUGCUGUUCAGUAUACUGUAGGUGCCUGUUUGCUUUAGCUAGGCAGCUGGGAUAACCUUCACGCCUUGGGUGACCCUGCUGGGAAUAUAUACUCUGGGCAUACGUUCCUGACAUUCUCAUCCCUCCCAGACCUCUCCCCAUGAGACAGCACAGCAGGACUUGGGGGGGUGCCCAUCUGUAGAUGAAUCAUAAAUAGUAAGUUAUCUCAUUACAUGACUAUUCUGAGGAUAAAUGAAUAUGGACUCUGCAGUUAAAAGCAGCUUAGGAAUGACUAAUAAAUAUUAACAUUUUAAACUGUCUUUCUGUCUUCCAGAUAUAUGGAAACAGCAAUACCUUAGAAAUGUUAUAUUUUGCUAUGAUUCUGGGUUCAGUUAACUUAGUGCAGCUAUAGGAAUAUAUAAUGUUGUGGGACUGUAUCUUUCUGUAGUGGGUAGCAAUAUCAAAUCUGGGCUACAAAACAGCUACCAGAGAGUGGCAAAUAGUUAGGGUUUUCUGAAUCUCCUGUAGUGAGUGGUCUUAUGGAUUGGCACCUUGAAGCUGUGGGAGCAUCCAUAUACACAAGAUUCAGAGCUACAGAGAUCUCUAAUAACCUGGCCACCAAACAACAGGCUAGACUUUGGGAAGAUGGACCUUCCUUUAGAGGAGCCUCCAUCAGAGCUUCUAUCACCACCUCCAAAUUCUGCUCCUAUAUGUGAGCUCCGGACUGCUGUGUCUUGUUUUGCAGAGGAGACUGUGUCAUUGCUCUCAGUCAAUGACUUGUUAAACCACUCCCUGCUCAGGACAGCUGGCAGCCUGGGGGCACAGCAGAAAGAGCAAGGGGUGCCCUUAACCAUGGCCCGACGCAAGCGAGAAUUCACCCCAGAUGAGAAGAAGGAUGAUGGUUACUGGGACAAGAGGAAGAAGAACAAUGAAGCAGCCAAGCGCUCUCGAGAGAAACGGCGGGUCAGUGACUUAGCCCUGGAGGGACGGGUUUUGGCACUGCUGGAGGAGAAUGCCCACCUUAAGGCAGAACUCCUGGCCCUCAAGUUCCGCUUUGGCUUAAUCCGAGAUCCAGCAGAAGCUUCACAACCAGCACUUGCGCUUGCCAGUGAACUCCAUCGGUCAGCCACUGUACCCCAGCACUUCCCAGUUGCUCAUGAGCCACCCUGCUACCCUUGCACCUUCCGUCCAGAGUCAGCUACCAGCUCUGAGGACUCUGGCUUCUCCACCCCAGGCAGUUCCAACCUGGGAAGCCCUGUCUUUUUUGAGGACCGUGACAGGACAGAGGAAGGAACUAUGUAUGAGGGGCACUGCCUAGUACCUGAUGCUCCAGCUGAUGGAGCUGAUCUGGGCCGCGUUGGCCGUUAUGACUCUGGGGAGAGCAUCAAAGGUCUUCCCCACAAGCUGCGCUUCAAAAUGGCAGUAGGGUCAGAGGAGAUAGCUGGAGAACAAUCUGGACAUUGCCUACCUUCUCCACCAGGAGGAACUUGGAGGGGGCUGGUGACACAGAAGGAGCAGCUAAGCACAGGAGGUUCUGCAGGUACCCUGGCAUUUGAGAGUGGUUGUGAAACAGAACUCCCUGGGGCCCAGGUGUCUGCCCCCCAAGAACUUGGGUACCAGGCAGAGAACAGCUCCCUGCAGAGUCAGCUGGCCUCACUUUCAGCUGAAGUGGCCCAGCUGAAAAAACUGUUCUCUGAACAGAUCCUCAUCAAGAUGAACUGAAGGGGGGAGGCAAGGAUAGAAGGUGGUUGCUUUUCUUCUCUUCUUUCCUAGGGCUACCAGAUAUUGGGUGCAAAAAUCUGAAAUACCACUAGAGUAGUAUCUAGAGCUAAAUUUUUAUCCAUUUCUUUGCUGCCAUAUGAGGUCAUCAAGAAUUAUGCAGCCCAAAUCUAGUAUCCUUAUUUUCUCCCUAUCCCAUCUUUCAGUGCCUCACAUGUCUAUAUUUGCAUGCAUUUAGCCCUGUGAGUUUACUUUUGCUGUAAAGGUUUGUAAUAAGAACCCCCCCCCCUUUAACUUUAUGCCCUUUCUUGCUCUUUCCAGUGGUUUUCCAACAUUCUACAUUCAAGGAACUUCUUCUACAUGAAUUUCCCAUAAUGUAAUUAUGGGAGGGCACAGCUACUGCUAGCAUACCGGAAGGAAAAACUGAUGGGGCUCUGCAGCCUGUCAGUCUUUGGGAACUGUCCUGUUUUCCAUGCCUAAGAAAGAUGAUGUUAACCCAGAUGAGCCUCGAUUAGAUAAAUGCCUCCCUCCCUGAAAAGCAGACAUUUCCUGGAUCAGGCCAAGAGAUCAUUGAGUUCAGCAGCCAUCCAGAUGCAUUUUGGAAGCCAGAAACAUGGAUCUGAGGGCAAAAGCUCUUCAUUGUUGCUCCCCAGCAGCUGUUACACAAGAUACACAUCUUCUGCAUAGUCCUUAAGACUAGUAACCAUUGACAGUUCAAUUAAGGCUACCUUAAAUGAACUACAAAACUCUGAAUGACCACUGGAUGGCAGCAAAGACCCAUUUAGCAAUGGCCUGGAUUUUUGCAUCCUUGAUCUGGUAACCCUAAGCCUGCUCUUCCAUGAAGCUAUGUAUUCCCUUUAAAAAUUAGUGGCCAUUGUGUCUAACUGAUCUGGGCUUCUGGGAAACAACCAUUAGAAAAUUGUUCCUGUGUAUUUCCUCAGCCCAAGUAGAUUCCAGGCUGCCUUUUAUAGCUUCCUUCUCCCCACACCUGUUUGGUGUGUCUAGGUGGAAAAGUUGAAGUAGAUUAUGAUGAGCACACAGAUGUUCUAGCUAGGCUCAUCAACUGUCAAGAUGGGUAAACACAGUGAAAUUAGUUAGCAAACUGAUCUAGAGUCAAGACUGGAUUUCUCAUGUCUUGAAUUGCCUUUCCCAGUACUUCAGAUGUGCCUGGAAACCAAGUCCUCCGACCAUCCUUCUCAAAUGCUAAAGGUACUCUGCACGUGUUCCAACAUACCCUUCUUUAUUCAUAUUUGAUCUGUUUCAGUGUGAAAAUGUGGCAUUGCAAACACUCAACUGAAGAACAGUUAGUUGAUUAGUCAUCUGUUUUUGAAGUUUGUUAUUUCAGUGAUUUAAUAAACACAUGGAUUACUGUAUCCUCAACAUGUAUUCCUUUUUGAAACAUGAGCACUGUACUUUCAGUAAAUAUUUUCAGUUGCCAGCACAGGGGUAACUUUUGUAACCUUCCCACCACUUCUUCCAUCAUUUUUCUCCUAGAGAAUAACUUUGAAGAGUAAAAAGAUGAAUAUCUAUCUAAUGGCUUCUGACUAUAGUACUAGGAACCUUCUAUCUGGAAGAAUGAAAAAUAUGGCCUUAAACUUAUUUAUUAUUGUAUGUCUCUGUUUAAAAUCCUAUUUUGGAUCUGACCAUGAUGGAGAGGGGCAAGUCUCCCCCUCCACUCAAUUUCAGCUACUGAAAAGUCUUUUCUCCCACCAUCUUCUUUUGGUCUUCUUAAAACCAACUAAAAAUGAGCUUGGGAGAUUUGCUUUGGAGGCAGGGAGAGCCCAUGAGUGAACAAUACAAAGCUGCUACUUCUUGCUCUCCCCUCCAUUGCCUUUUCCUACUAUAGCCUAGCCAAGGUAUGUUUUCUUAUCUCCAAUCUAACCUGGUUAAAAAAUGUGCUUCAUUUGAGAGCAAGAAAUUCUUGACUCUGUUUUCACUUGGGAAACUGUUUUAUCCACAUAGGGUAAUGGCAGCUCCCUAGUGUGGAAAAAGGUGCUGCUGGCUGGAAGUUAUGGGUCUUGUAGUCUAAGAGAACUGGAGGGCAAUGGAAAGAUUGAAAGUUGUAUAUACAUGUUUGCUGUCACAGAAGGAGCUGGAUUAGUCUAUGGUGGCCAUAACAUCAGAAAAAAAUCUGGGAGCAGCUUUUCCAGCUAACAAAUUUUAUUAAAAAGCAUAAGCUCUCAUGAACUACAGUGCACUUCAUUAGAUGCAUGGACUGGUUAAAUUGAUGUAGGAUUUGAAAAGGGGAUGAGGCAGGGUGAGGAAAAGAAAGAGUACUAAUGGUGAAGUAAGCUACAGCUCAUGAAAGCUUAUGUCUUUUAAUAAAAUGUGUUAGUUGGGAGCUACCAAACUCCCACCAAUCAAAAGUUUUCUAGGUAAUUGCUCUGGCAGGUCAAGGUCUCAAGAUAGGAAUGUACAACUAUGUCUCCCAAAGCUUUGGAUGUCUCUACAGCAUCAUCUCCCAAUUGCUGCUGAAUUGGAAUUUGUAUAAUGUGAUAGUAUAUAUCAAGAGGUCUUUGUGAAUUCACAGGAAUUGAUCCAAUAGCCAGCACAUAGUACCUUUUUGUGAUUUUUUUUUCUCUUUGUAAGCCAAAUAAGGCAAGUUACUAGUUUCAGUCUCGGGCAUGUGAAAUAAUUUAGACAAUAUUUCAUUACAGCACCUAAAUAAGCAGGUUUUCUUUCCUCCAGUUUCUGCCUUUCUAUAACCUUCUUGAUAAGCAGUGGUGAAGUACCAAUAAAACAAUAAAGCAAAGGCUUAAUUUAUAUAUUCCCCUCCAAGCAUUUUAAAGUAAUGUAUCACUCUACUGGAUAUAUGUUUAACUUACCGUAUUAACUAAAUGUGUGCAUUGCUAUUUCUCAACUACCUUCUGCGGGGCUUGACAUCUUCCUACUUAGAGUUAAGUAAGGGGGUUAAGUAGGUUGGCUGACAGUCUCUCUUGGGGUAGCAGAUCGUAAUUUUCCUGCUUCUGCUUUCCAUUAAGCCAUCUGUGUCAGAACAAAGUGUCCCUCAGUGUGCAUGUUCAGGGGUUUUGGAGCCCCUCUGGAUCACUUCAGAUGUCUUUUCUGGACUCUGCCCUGGAAUAAAUCAGUGUUUAGCAAUUCAGCACUACCUAGUUCAUCUCAGAAUCACCAGCCACCUUUUCUCCUUCUUCCCAGAAUUCCAACAAAUUAUUUCAUGUCUCUCCAGAUCUCUCUUCCCCCUUACCAGCAGCAGCCUUGCCUGUUUUUCCUGUGAGAAAGAGCCACUUCUAUGAAAAAGGAUAUUAUCUCUACCUCUCUCAGAAUAGGAUAUAUGUUUGGGUAAGUGCAUCACCACUCUGGGCCAUAUCAUGCUGUCACAGAAGGGAAGAAAU